AACCCUGUCUGGCAACCCUACGGCAAGUGCCAUGUUAUCGAGGAUACUGCGACUGGCUGCAGUGGUUGCUUGAAGUUGCGAACCAAGAUUACGACCCUUUAUCAAAAACAGCUACACAUCUAUUUUAUAUACAAUGGCAUGCAAGAAGGCAUUAGUAAUACUUUCUAAAGGUGCAGAAGAGAUGGAAACAGUCAUUCCCGUGGACGUCCUGCGUAGAGCUGGGAUUUCUGUCACACUAGCAGGAUUAACGGGGAAAGAGCCAGUCCAGUGCAGUAGAAAUGUUGUCAUCUGUCCGGAUACAAGCUUGGAAGAUGCCAGCAAACAGGGUCCUUAUGACGUCGUGCUUCUUCCAGGAGGGAUGCCAGGGGCCCAGAAUUUGGCAGAGUCUGCUGCUGUGAAAGAGGUGCUGAAGGAUCAGGAUUCUAGGGAAGGCCUGAUUGCAGCCAUAUGUGCAGGUCCCACUGCUCUUUUGGCCCAUGGAAUUGGCUUUGGCAGAACCGUCACCACACACCCUGCCAUGAAAGACAAGAUGAUGGCUGGAGACCACUACAAGUAUUCAGAAGCACGUGUCCAGAAGGAUGGCCAUUUCAUCACCAGCCGUGGUCCAGGAACCAGUUUUGAGUUUGCAUUAGCCAUUGUGGAGGAGCUAAUGGGGGCUGAGGUUGUAGCUCAAGUCAAAGCACCACUUAUGUUGAAAGACUGAUUAUAGCCCUUGUCUUGGUAGCCAGUAACCUUCAAGCAGCAGUGUCAACUAAUGUGAUUGACUAAAGUGAUGUCAUCGUAUGGGAAAUUAUUCAACAGGAGAGAUAUAAUUGAUUCGAUUUUUACUAUCCUCAUAGAUAGUCAUCUGACCUGGACUCCCUGGAAGAAGAGAUAACGUAUCUCAAUGGGACCUUCCUGGUAAAAUAAAGGAUAAAAAAAAAAAAGAAGGUUAAUCCUAAAAGACAAUGCACUUUAGCUCCUACAGUUGUUCAUUUCUAAGAUAUACAUGACAUUAAACACUUAUGUGCUUUGA